AUGGGAACAAUCAGGGGCUUUACCGAGGGUUGCCUCAUCAUGGGAGGUGACCUCACCGUCGCACUGGAUCCCUCACUAGAUACAUCAUCAGCUACUUCCUCCACACCCCACCACGUUAUUAACUCCAUCAACACCUGCCUAUGGGAACACCAACUGGUAGAUUGUUGGAGAGCAAAAUACCCAGAGGACCAAAACUACACAUUCUUCUCCAUGCCCAACCAGACGUACUCGAGGAUAGACUACUUCUCUCACAGACCUGAAAAAAGCACACAUCAGGACUGCUACGUGGUUGGACCAUGCCCCGAUAUAUAUGACAAUUUCAUCCCCCCUCUACAGACCAGCUUUUGGACAGUGGCGCCUCAAUGAGGCGCUCCUGUCGGACCCGACAGAAAUUCUCAGAUGAUCCCUCACCCUUGCAACCUGCUACAAUACUCUUACGCCAUACCAAACUUCGCACAUCGAUCUACAAGAAAUCACUCCCUAUAAGGAUUCUCAAUGUAGGAUUCCCCCUCUACUGGAAACAGGAGUGUCCACCCCCGAUGGCCACUUGGUUCCAGCGCAUGCUAGCAGAUGGAUCUUCACGGUGGAGUCCGCAGAUUUCCACUCCCUGUUUUUCCCAGCUCCCUUCCCUAGACCCUCCCUCCACUCCACCCACACCUCCCCCGUGCCCACUCUGUGGCGGACACUCAACGGUGCCCUACAAACUGAACCAGGCACCAUUUGCAGCUCUUCGAACUAGUUAUUAUGUUUGUUGGCCUUAUAUCCAUAUCAGCUAG